GCGCACGGGGCUGAGCAGUGCACCAGCUACCAGCGGUGAGAGCAGCUGGUUCGGUGAGGGCAGAGGAGAAAACCCCCAGCGGGGCUGACAUGAGCUGCGGGGUUUCUGCACACCUGACCGCGCUGGGAGCCUCUUUUCUGCGGGAACGCAGAAGGAGAUGUGCCCUAUGGGGCGGAUGGCGGAGCUGUGCGACCACAACACCACGUCCUCCUGGAACUGGUCCACUGCAGAACAGAGCCGGUUCAGUGGCCUGGACGACAUCGAUGUGCCGGCGGACGGCUCCCCGACCCUGCGCAUCCUCAUCUCCAUUGUGUACUCGGUGGUGUGCGCCACUGGGCUGGUCGGGAACCUGCUGGUGUUCUUCCUGAUGAAAGUGUGCCGGAGCAGGAAGAAACGCUCCAGCAUCAACCUGUUCGUGGUCAACCUGGCCGUGACGGACUUUCAGUUCGUCCUGACCCUGCCGUUCUGGGCGGUGGACACGGCGCUGGACUUCAGCUGGCCGUUUGGGAACGCCAUGUGCAAGAUCAUCCUCUCUGUGACGGUCAUGAACGUGUACGCCAGCGUGUUUUUUCUCACCGCCAUGAGCGUCACCCGGUACUGGACGGUAGCCUCGGCCCUGAAGGACCGGACGCGGCGACGGGUGUGGCCGGUGCGCUGGAUGAUUGCCGGGCUCUGGGGCUCCGCCACAGUGGCUAAAACUCCCCACCCGCGCUUUUUCCUCCAGAGGAUCCUGGUGGCCUUCGUUUUCCCGAUGGUGAUCGUGACCGUGUGCUACCUGCUGCUGCUGCGCUUCCUUCGCCUGCACAGCAUGAACAACAGCCAGAUGAACCGGAGGUCGCGAGUGACCCGGUCGGUCACCAUCGUCGUCCUCUCCUUCUUCAUCUGCUGGAUGCCUAACCACGCCAUCACCUUGUGGGGCGUCCUAGUGAAAUUCAACGUAGUCCACUGGGACAAGACGUACUACAUGAUGCAGACGUAUCUCCACCCGGUGACAGUGUGCCUGGCACAUACGAACAGCUGUAUGAACCCGGUACUUUACUGCCUGAUGCGCCGCGAGUUCAGGAAGAAGAUAAAGGAUCUGUUCUGGAGGAUUUCCUCUCCCACUGUGACGAACAUCUGCCACCUGCGGCCGAUGAGAGCGGAGCCGGACGACACACAGAUCGUCAUCCCGCUGAACAACGUGGACACGGAGAACUGCAGACUGUCUGUUUUAACGGAGCAGUGCUACACGGACACGAUGCAGAAGUAAAUGAAAAGACAGAAGUCUCAGGAUUUAAUAGAAAACCCCUGAAUCCCACUGACGACUUCUGAAUUUUCACGUCUUUUCCACAGGCGAACCUCUCAGAGGGACAAUGGCUCCCGGGUCUCCGUGGAUGUCGGGGAUUUGUCUAAACAGUAUAUUUGUGCAUUAUACAUAAGUGUUGCUGCAGCUGGCCUCCUGUCUCCGCUCUUUUCUAGUGUUUGGACUCAUUGUUUUGUUUUCACAAAACAAAAGCGGGAAAUAACAACUACGUGCAAACUGUGCGCCAUCCAGCGCGCUGCGUAAAACCACUCCGCUGCGCUUCUCCUUGGCCUGACUCUCGUGACUACUGUCAAGGGGGAGCGCUUGUUUGGCUUUGGAAAACGGACUGUGGUUCUUCUAGUCUCCAAAUGAGUGCAGUCUCGGGUGUAGAGGGGUCACAGUGCGGGCCUCGUCCUGCAGGAGGACUCGCCUUCUGAUGCUUCUAACAUCUUUCUGUGGAAUAUUAUUAACGUUUAUUGUGGCUGCUGAAAUGUUCGAGUUUACAUUAAGUGACUGUAAAAAAAAUUAACAACGAUGUGUAGGGAUUAAAAGAGCUCCUUUGCACUGAUUCAGGUGUGAGUCCGUUUGAGCACUGUGUUUAGACGAGAGGCCGCGAUGCUUUCUGGGCCUGGUCUCUGCUUCGUGUCUGCAUGCAGGCGGCCUCGGGGCUGCAGGGCUCCCUGUGCGGUUCAGAUCAUCUUAGCAGGGAA